GAGACGAGUGAAAGUGGGAAGUGGGACCGAGUUAAAAAUACGCAAAAUCCAAUGCACACAAACUUUGAUGUUUCAUUUUCAAUAAAUAUUUUGGUAAAAUAAAGUCAAUUGAAAAUUUUUACAAAUUUACUAUGGAAGGGCUCCUCGCGAGGGUGGAUUAUUUGGAAAAUAUCGUUACAAAAUUGGCGAAAUGGACACACUUUUCGGAAAUUGUUAAUUUUGAAUUUCCUGCUCCUGCAGUAAUUUCGCUGGAAGAUGAAAAUGAAAAGAUUAAUCCAAAAUCUUCCAGACCUCGGCGGCGAGGUCGACGACGAUCUCUUCGGUCCGCUCUUUCACCGGAAGAAGAAGUAACAAAUCCUGAUAUUAUUUCAGAUGACACAAUUAUCAAGACUGAAGACGCCGACACCUACGAAGAAAUGCUGCCCGACGAUGACCCCGAUUUCGUCAUAUUUCCUCAAGACCUUGAUACCGGAAGUGACGAUGACAGCUUUCAAGCAGAUCCAGAUUCUCUCCCUUCGUCAUCGUCCAAAAAUUUGGGACUAGAGGAAAGCAAUCGACUAAGAAAUUGUCCAUCUAAUUCCGAAGACUCAGGUGAACAACCCCCCACAAAGAGGCACAGACGCAUGCACGAAUGGAAGAGGACCCAAAUAUUUAAUAACAUCGACGAGGCGAAAUUACACAUAAAAAAUGCUCAGCAUUUUAUAUAUAAGUCGACACGACUGGGCCGCGACGGUCGCAAGCUGUAUUACAAUUGCAAAAUCAACAAUUGUUUACGCAAGAUGUAUCUGCUCAAAAGAAAUAAUACUUUGAAAGUUGAAUUAUUUGAGACCAAGCAAGAGCAUAAUCACGAGGGCGCUAAAACGGUUGGGAUCCAUAAAGAAAUCAGAUUAAAAAUCGACCUGCUCUUCAAUAGUGGGCUCACCAAACCUAACCAAAUUAUCUCAUGUCUGACCGACGAAGGAGUGCUGGCCCCCUCGAAAGUCCAGCUCAAUAACUACCUCAGCGCUUUAAGGAAAAAAGGUGGACCCCAAACCCUCUUAAUUGGCCAAGUUUUCGAAGAAAAUGAUGAAAUUCCUAGUGACCAGCUUUUAUCGGGAAAAGAAUUAACUGUGCCGGAGAAAAAGCCUUCUGUGUCAUGAUAAGCUGUUAAGAAACUCGAGCAAAAGUAAUCUUAUGCAUACCGAUACUACGUACAAUCUUGUUUCUGUGGAAGUGUAACGAAAUCAAUAUGUAAAUUGGUUGCACAUUUUAUGAUUGGCGAAAUUAUUAAUUUUGGUUGGAAUAUUUUCGUAUAAAAUAAACCCAAAAUUAUGUACAUACAUAAUCAGUAUUUGCCGUUGACACAAUAA